AUGGAGAGCCUCAUCAGCCAUGGUGUCAUUCCAGCCUCCAAGGUGCUCAGAUGUGUCGAGCUGCACGUCACCGGCGAGCCUGCCCGGAUCGUCUACCAUGGGUACCCUCAUCUUUCCGGGACCCUUCUCGAGCAGCGAGAGCAAGCACUCAGAGAGCAUGACGACUACCGGAAGAGGCUCUUGCUCGAGCCUCGUGGACACAAGGACAUGUACGGCGCGAUUAUCCGCCGUGAUACCGAGUUGAUCAGAUCCGGAGACGCCCACAUUGGAGUCCUUUUCUGCCAUAGCUAUGGGUACUCCCCUAUGUGCGGCCAUGCGACCAUUGCACUUGCAAGGUUUCUCGUUGACACACAAGACACUUCCAUCUUUCCGAACAGACACAAGUUGACUGUCGAUGAAAACGAAAAGACCGUCCAUAUCAAGCUACAUGCUCCAUGUGGCGUAGUGACAGUCAUUGUACCGGUAACCGACGACUCUCGGUGCGAUCAAAGCCGACCUAUCCGAUUCCUGUCAACUCCAGCGUACCCAGUCUGUCUCGGCCUGGAAGUGCCCAUCCCUGCUCACUGCCGCUGGCCACAACUUGGAGAGAGAUCCUCAGUUGUGUUGGACAUCGGCUACGGAGGUGCCUACUUCCUCGUCAUCGACUUGAGAGAAAUCGGAUUUGGUUCAGGCUUGAAGAGCAUCAGCCUGGAAGACGCUGUUUCAUGUGUCAAGAAAAUUGGCGAUGCCUUUGGCUCCAACGAAGCAAUCAUACACCAGUCUGGAAUGCCGGCACACAUGGCGCGUGUGGCCUACUACGCGGUUCUUUUAGAAGAUCCUUCAACUGGAGUCCGUCCCGCCGGAAUUCUUGAGGCAGGAUCAGGCAUGUGCAUAUUUGGAGAUGGCCAGGUCGACAGGUCUCCAACAGGGUCCGGAACGAGUGCUCGAAUGGCGUUGGCCUACGCAAGGGGUGCAAGGGGUGUUGGGCAGACUUGUGCAUACAACUCGCUCACGUCAAAUCACUUUGAAUCAGGUGCUUUCACAGCAACAAUUAUCAACGAGGUUCCAUGGAACGGACCAAAUGGGUUUCGCAAGGCAGUGGUUGUCGAGGUUGGCGGGCGGGCGUUUUACACCGGCUUCUCUACCUACUUUGUCGAGGACGGAGACAAAAUAGGGGACAGCGGGUUUCUAUCCAAGGAUUUUACAGUCAAGAAACCCUCCUAG